AUAACGUUAUAUCGUUCUGUAUAAUCGUUCAGUCAAUCACGUACUUGCGUGCGAUCAGGCUGUUGAAAUUUUGAUCCUGCUAGUCUACAAGUCGAGUGUUUGUUUAGCUCUGUGAAAAAUGGUGCUUAAAACUUUUGUGUUAUUCUUUUGCCUGUUUUAUUUCGUUUCAAUAGGAAAUACCAGCAAAAUAAGUUAUGUUUUCAGUAGUCGAGAGGAUUCAUGUUCUUCUAUAUGGGACCGCCCGCGUCAUACUUCAUUGGUGCCACCUACUCGGUUUCAAUUUGAGAAUAAUAGUUAUAAUGGUAACCGACAUCACGUAAUACCAUUUCAGAUUUUGCGUAAUUUUUUUAAUUCUGCCGUGCGACAAAGCAGACAAGCGUCGCGCAUCGCACGAUACUUAUCAGCAUACAUUUCUACAAUAGUGGCACAAUUUAUUUCCAAUGGCGAAACUAUACAGCAUCACAACCCGAUUCCUGUAGACGAUGAAGUGGUGAUCGUUAUUGAUCCAUUGGAAGAAAUGUUUGCAGCGCUUUCAUGGUUACCUGGAAAUAUAUUUAUAGGGCCAGCCGGGAAUUAUCGUCACCAUGACGACCCGUUGAACCAGAGAGGCGGAGAUCCCGGUAACGCAUUCGAGCAGUACGCAAAUAGAAUAAUCAGAGACGAUACACACUUUACUGCUCUACAAAAUCUCAAUCGCGAUAUGCGACUUUAUAUCAAUGAUCCUUCAGAUGUAAAUUUGUUUCAUCAAAUAAUGAUCAAUUUAGAUAUUGUGAACAGAAGAAAUACACCUUUUCCAUUCGAUGCACAGGAUUGGGAAAUAGUUAAUGGAAAGUUUUACAUUCGCGAUAGACAUAGAGAGAAACGAUCACAAAGCCAAAUCCCACAACCGCCAAUCGCAUCCAACACGAAGCCAUCAACUAAUGAUGAUCCUUUCGAUUAUUAUGUUGGAUUCUGUAGAGCGGUAAAGCAACAAUUAACAGCCAGUCAUUUUUCGUCGAUCAAAAAAAAAACCAUAGACGUGGAUAAUAAGAUGACAUUUGAUUGUCCCAAAACUACCUUUAUUUUAGUAAAACAAGCCACACUACAUACCAUGCCUUGGACGGUCGCUGUUUUCUCGUUGGGGCUAGCAUGCCUCUCGGGUGACUGCGUAAAGCGGGACGGAACCGAAAAACUGAAAAAAUUGUGUAACAACAAGAGAUCAUGCCUAUUUUCUGAUACAGACACAGAAGGUUUGAGUAUAGAUGUGGAAUAUUACUGUGCGGAUGUAUUAACACCUCUAAAAGAAAGAGAAGAAUUACAGAAACCUCAUCGCUGGAGUUCGAGCGAAUUUGAACUUAACUGCCCCUUCGAUUAUGGAAUUCGAAUUACUAAAGCAAUGAGACACUCGUCCAGUUUUUAUUGGUGUAUUAUUGAUGAUUGCACAGAAAAGGAUAUUACAGCAAUUUUGCGUGAAAAAUGCGACGGAUUAAAUCCAUGCAAAAACAAACUUGAUAAUUGGGGCAUGCAACCAAUAACCGUAGAUUUUUCUUGCAUCCCAAAUCCAUCCAUGUUUGCGUGAUGUGGUUAACCAGGACGAGUACAAUGAUUGAAUGUUGAGGAAUAUAAUAUGGGCAAAAGUUGCUAAAUCGGAAAUAUGAAAUUUGGGAUAUGAGUGUUACACCAAUGGAGACACCAGUUUCUACAUUGCCAACCAUUGUACUAUUUUCAAAUAUAAAAUAACCCUCAAAGAUCAUAUUAAAACUUAUAUUUAACCGAUUAAAUUUUGUUAUCAGAAUGUAAAACCUUUCAAAUAUACUGUGAGCAAAAAAUAGUAAGAUUUUUUAAUUUUAAUUUCGCGCGAAAACAAAUUCGUCAAAGUAGGUCAAAACUUAAAGUUAUGUUGACAGUUUUCUUCGUUUAUCGUGGUGUGGUGCAUACCGAAUUCAUUCUCA